GUGGUGUGGAACGCGCUUGUAGACGAGCUGUGAAAGGGUUUUUUCUAGCCGGACGCUACUUUUGCAGGUAAUUGGCAACGAUCACGCCAAGCCAAAGGAAGUGAAAGAUAUAACGGUGGCGGCAAUUUGUUCCCGCAUUAACUUCAUAGUUUAGAUAAAGCCCAUCGCCGCUACCCAAACAAUCAAGCGACAAGCUUAACCGAAAAAAGAUGGCAGACGCAAGCGACGCCGAGAUGCAUGAUGCUGGGCAAAACCCCGUCGGAAAUGGGAACAAUCAGCAGGACUCGGAUCAAGCUGCGCAUGAAUCAAACAACGCAGCUAACGGAGGAAACAGUUCCGAAGCCAGUGACGACCGAAAAUUAUUCGUUGGCGGGCUUAGCUGGGAAACAUCAGACUUAGAACUGAAGAAACAUUUCAGCACUUACGGCGAAAUCGAAAAUGUAAAUGUAAAGACGGACCCGAACACGGGACGAUCCCGCGGCUUCGCUUUUAUUGUCUACAAAAGCGCUGACGCCAUAGAGAAGGUGAUUUCGGCGGGUGAUCAUAUCAUCAAUAACAAAAAGGUCGAUCCAAAAAAAGCGAAGGCACGCUACGGGAAAAUUUUCGUCGGAGGCCUAACGACGGACAUCAGUGACGAGGAGAUAAAGACAUUCUUUGGCCAGUUCGGGAAUAUCGUCGAGGUGGAGAUGCCAUUUGACAAACACAAGAACCAACGGAAAGGCUUCUGCUUCAUCACAUACGACUCCGAGAAAGUGGUAAACGAGGUUUUGAAAACACCGAAGCAAACCAUCUGCGGCAAAGAAGUGGACGUAAAGAAAGCUACACCCAAGCCGGAGGGCGCGAACACACCGAUGGGCGGCCGAGGGGGUAUGCGCGGAAUGCCACCCCGAGGAAUGCGAGGAGGUCGCGGGGGACCGGCCGGUAGCUAUGGCCAAGGCUGGGGCGGGCCAGGCUACGGAGGCUACGGUUACGGCCAGGGAUAUGGUGGUGGGUACAAUGACUACGGGUAUGGCGAUUACGACGGAGAUUACAUGAAAGGAGGACGUCCGGGUGGUCCGAGAGGGGGCAAAGGAGGCGUUGGUGGCUACGGUGGAGGGAAACAGAGAGGUGGUGGAGGCGGUGGUCGUCAGCCGCGCCACACGCCGUACUAACUUGGAGUAAAUAAAACAUC